AUGGCACCUUGUCCACAAGUAAUUUCGACAGCGACACCAACUUCACUGAUUCCAUUUGCUCUAAGGACAUCCGGUUGCAAUGCAACUAGGGAACAAGGAUCUGAUUCCGCACCUGUAAAAACCAUUGCUUUUACUAUCAUUGAUCAUCGAUACGCUAGUAAAGUUACUACUAUUGAAGAAUUGGAUGUUAGUUCUUUAGGACUACAAGCUGCUCUCCAGAAGAUUGAAAAUACGGUACAAGCUGGUUCAUUAUUAGUAACAAAUGGUAUUAGUGCCAUCAGACAGGUGUUGCAUCCUCUUGCAUUACGGUUAUCCUUCACAUUAUCUCCAUUCUUCCACAAAUUUCUCGAUAUCUCGCGAUUUGAAGCUUUACCAGCUGAUGGGGAAUGCUCAUUAGAGGAUGAAUUGGAUCUGAUAUGUGACAGGAUACAUUAUUUAUGUGAGGGUGAGUGA